AUGGCUAAUACAGGGGAUGAGACGCUGGAGAUAGCAGCUCUCGGACGACCCUUUCAGCUGGGAAUGCUGUAUGACUGCCGGAAGGAUCGCCUCAUUCCAGGAAUUACUUUAUGGAACUCAGAAGAACUACAAGGCAACAUAAAUGAAGAUCAGCCUAUAACAGAGUUCAGCGUCACUGCCUCGGACUCCACUGGAGACAAGGCUUCUAAUUUGAAAGUGGACGCUUCCCUGAAGGCAAGUCUCCUGGGGGGGUUGGUUAAAGUGAGUGGAGCUGCAAAGUACUUUAACGACACAAAGAAAUCAACAAGACAAUCCCGAGUCACUCUGCAGUACUACACAACGACACAAUUUGAGAAUCUGACCAUGAAUCACCUGGCCAAAGGGAAAGUUCACCCCAGCGUGUUUGAAGACAAGACAGCGACUCACGUGGUCACUGCUGUGCUGUACGGAGCUCAGGCGUAUUUCGUAUUUGACCGGCAGGUAUCCUUAGAGGAGAAAAAACAGGAAAUCCAUGGAAAAAUGGAGCUUGCAAUAAGUAAAAUACCUAAAUUUACAAUGGAAGGUCAAGGCUCUAUUGACUUGAAGGAAACAGAAAAAGCUGAAGUUGAAAAAUUCGAAUGUUCAUUUUAUGGAGAUUUUCAUCUCAAAUCUAACCCAUCAACUUACCAAGAUGCUGUGAAAGCCUACUCAACUCUUCCAGAAUUGCUCGGGGACAAAGGAGAGAAAGCAGUGGCUGUCACAGUCUGGCUGUACCCAUUAAUCAAGCUGGACUCCAGGGCUGCCAAGCUGGAAAGGAACAUAAGUGACUACUUGAUGAAUUUCAUGAGCAAACUGUCCGCCGUGCUGCCUUCCAUCCGCGGAGGUGAGCAAGAGGAAGAAUCACUCGCAGAGAUUUUAAACAAUCAUGAAGAGUCCCCUUUUAACUUUAAAGCACAACAUGCUUGGCUGAACAGCAAAGAGAGAGAAAUCAAUGUACUAGCCUCUGCCACGCUGCGUGGAGGGUGGCAGCAGUCUCAGGAAGCCCGGACCCAGGAGGGACUGCCGUCCAUGACUGGCACAGCCCCUGAAGUGGUUCUCACAUUGCGUUGGCCUCAACCGUGCUGCCAGGACCUCUCCGUUGCUGUCCUCCACCCUGACAACCACACCGGGACCAGCUCAGUUGUCCGAGGAAAUGCUCCUGAGGUAAGGAUGGUGCUGCUUGGAAAAUGUGGGAAUGGGAAGAGUGCAGCAGGAAACACUAUCCUGGGCUCAAAGAAGUUUCACAUUGCCUACGACUGUUCAAUUAUGAGAGUGUGUGAGAAGAUGAAAGGAGAAGUUGAUGGGAGAAGCGUUGCUGUGGUCGACACUCCCGGCUUGUAUUGCAGGGAGUACAUCGACACAGAACGUUUACAUGAGAUUGGGAAGUGCAUUUCUAUGUCUUCCCGGGCCUCCAUGCAUUUCUCAUUGUGCUAA